AUGCCGGUCAUAAAUGUAGAAGAUCUGACCGACAAAGACAAAGCUUUGAUGGAAGUGAACCAACUUAAGACUGAAGUGAAACUUCAGCGGUGGAUGACAUCAAAAUGCUGCGAGGAGAUCAAGGACUACAUUCAGGCCGGAGUGGAUGAGGACACUCUUGUCAAGGGCAUUUCAGAGGAGAAGAACCCCUUUAAGGAAAAAGGUGGUUGCGUCCUUUGUUAG